UGUACUCUUUUUACUUCUCUCAUCUUCCAAAAUAUAUCACCUUUUUCACUUUCAAAUUCCCACACAAAAUAAUAUUAUUACUUUUUUCCUCCAUUAAAAUGGACCUCAAAACCUCCAACUAUCUUCAAGAGCCUACUUCAUUCUUCCAUUCUCAUGGGGGAGUAAGAGUGAGGAAGGAUCCUGACCCAAUGGGUAAAACAGAUGGAGCUCCAUCUACACUGGGUCGACCCGGUUUCAGCUUUACAGUCGGGUCAAGAAAGAGUGUCCCUUCGAAAUGGGAUGAUGCUGAAAAAUGGCUAAUUAAUGGUCAUGACUCACCUUCAAAUUUUAUGGUUAAACAAUGUGGUAUUAAUGGGCCUGUGAUUAAACCAUUUGAGUCCUCUGAUCUUGUUCUGAAAGAUAAAUUUACAAAUGAAGCAGAACCCAUUUUUAAAAAACUGAAAUGUUUGGGAACCAUGGAGGGGGUUCAGGAGGUCAAAAACCGAGACGCGGGGACAGAGAUGACUCCAGUCGAAAGCUCAACCACCACGCGAUGCCCAACGCCACUGAAAAGCUUGUCUCCACCGCGACACAACACCCCCGAAAGCAGGUUAUUACUGCAGGGAAUGGUGGACGAGAGUAACUCUCAACUGGAGUGUCAUUUAGCUAAUAAGCUGCAACAAUGGACACCGUUCGAUGCAGUGAAUUCCAACUGGAGCUCCAUGGAGGAAGAAGAAGCAGAAAUAUCGAAAAGUUUGAGACACUUUGAGAUCAACAACGGGUUUUUAGAAGGCAUUUCGGGGCCUAGACCUUCUGCUUGGGAAGAAAAGGAAAUGUCCGAACCCUGCGUGAGGUAUCAAAUAAAGGAAGCAAAAAUUCAAGCUUGGGUGAAUCUCCAAAAAGCCAAAGCAGAAGCUGAAUCAAAAAAGCUAGAGGUAAAGAUUCAGAAGAUGAGAUCGAAACACGAGGAAAAGAUGAUGAAAAAGAUGACAAUCGUUCACAGAAAAGCCGAGGAACUAAGAACCGCAGCCCAGCUCGACCACCUUGAAAUGAUAGCUAAAUCAAACAAGCCGACGGACCACCCCCGCCCAAGUGUGCAGUUUUCGGGCCACCACGGUUCAUGUGGUUGCUUGAUCAGUAACCGAUAAACCAAUUCCUUAAAUCCAACGGUUAACGUUGAUCCACACUUGCGUGUAUUUGAAGUUUUGACAAGAGUUAGUUCCUGUUAACCCAUGAACCAUAUUUUAACCAUAUUAUUAUUAUUAUUAUAAUUAUUACUCA